GCUCAGCGGUCCCGUUCCCGAAAACGCGGCAAGCGCGGCCAAGCGGCCAAGCGGCCAAGCCAGCGGCCGGCUCUAUCGACGAGCUUCAGUCAUGGCCAGCGGCAGCGCGGCGCACAAGGUGGUUUACCAAUCCACGGGCUGUCUGCCAGGCAGUCAGGCUGUGAAGAGCGUCCCAACAGAUGAUCUCGUACGGCUGACCUAUCGCACAGCAUACGCGACAGGAGUGGCGGGCCGCAUCCCGGCCUCCGAGGAUCGGGGGGAGAACUUUGCUGGCAUCCACAACAUCGGCCGGAAGGAGUCGCCGUACAUGAAGUUCCAGAAGACCAAGGCGCCGCUGCUGGACUAUAGCGCGGUGAGCAGCCGGAGGGAGUUCACGCCGCACCCGCUGGGCGACAACAAGGUGAAUGCGAUGCUGGCAGCAAGCUUCAAAGCUGGAUGGAAGGGUGGAGCUUCAACUUCUGCUGCGGAGAUGCAGAACCAAACCUCUUACCAGGACACUUUCACAGGCUUCCAGGGAGAUCGCCUGAAGUCGGCGAAGAUGAAGAGUGCCAAGCCCAAGAGUGGGCGCACACGCACCAUCACAGGCAUGACAGACCUUCUGGAGACGAGACCAAUGUCACACGUGAGUUUCCACGCGCACCCACAGGAUCUGGCAACGCCAGGCCAGAUCCUCUUGCCGAAGCCCAACCUCGGGUUUUCCAAGUACGGGGUGCCUGAGAAGAGCAGCUACGUGUCCGAGUUCUGCCCCGUGAAGCGCUCCGGGUCCAGCCCAUUGAUGAGCAUGGCGCAGCUCGAGCUGGGCCGCACAGACGACUUGCUGCCCCCGGACCACGAGUGCUUCUACAGGAGGCGAAACCUCUACAUGAGCCCUGGCCAGUGAGAGGGUUUGAGAAGCCGGGAUGCCGCGUUUUGUGAACCAAGA